UCUGUUAAAGAGGGCUGGAAGUACUACCUCCUUAUUUAUCAGGACGUCUUCACGUAUCCCUGGAUACCAAAACAUCCCCUUCCCUCUUCUUCUUUUUCUUCUUCUUCUCUUUCUCUCUUUUUUCUUUCCCUGUUGGAUGUAACACUCCAGUAACUUUCAAAACUCGAUAGAAUGGGGGUUCUUGCACGGACGUGGGACAACUGCCUCAUCUUUCUAACACUGGCUGCAUGUUUGGUGGUUUGUAAUGCUCAGCCUCGACCUGGUUUCUGCGUGAUGUACGAUGAUUGCGGUCUAAACCCCAACAUCGCAGGGUCCUUGAUCCCUGCAAGAAUACCCUGCAAAAGUUAUCAGCCAGCAGGCUUAGUGGUAGGCCAGCACUACCAGCUGUUGAAGGAGGUUUGUCCUAUGCUAGACAGAGGCGCAGGUAACACCUUCGCCUGCUGCACCAGUGCUCAGUUGCGUGCCUUGCAAAGCAGCUUGAUGCUUUCCAAAGCUGUGCUGCUCCGAUGCCCGUCCUGUGCUUACAAUUUUGCCCACAUUCACUGCAUCACCACCUGCAGUCCGGACCAGAGCCAGAUAAUCAACAUCACCAAAACUAUGAACGUCACGGUUGCUGGAGCACAGAAAGAUGGUGUAGUUGCAUACCAGGCCUAUAUUUCCACCAGCUUCAGCGAUGCAUCCUUCAGGUCCUGCCAGAACGUGCGUAUUCCAGCAACAGGUGGAUAUGCCAUCGCUACCAUGUGUGGCCGAUAUGGUCAUAAGCUGUGCACGCCUCAGCGCUGGUUAGAUUUCCAGGGUGACACAAGCAAUGGUCUGGCUCCACUUGAUAUUGAUUUUAGACUUAUACCACCUAGAGAGACCUCACAGGUACCAGAAGGAAUGAUUCCUUAUGCAGGUUUUACUGUAGGCUGUAAUGAAACAUCACCAACAGGGGAAAAAGAGUGCUCUUGCCAGGACUGUCUGGAUGCUUGCCCUUCAGUUCCUCCACCUCAACCUAUUAUAGAGAACAGCUUCAUGGUUGGCAAAAUGAACGGCAUUCUCUUUAUCUGCCUCAUUCUCUUUAUAGUUUUGUUCCUCCUAUUCCUUGGAUUCCUUGUGGUUAAAUCUGUUUGGACCAAAAUAAGUAAGACAGCAAAAUGGAAAAAGGACAAAAACGCAAACAAUGUCAACUACAACCCUAAAGUGAAUCCCAAAGAUGUGACAUGCUCCGAUCGAGCUAGUCUGGCCACUCAAGAUUUCCUGGGUGCACACUUUCAGACUUGGGGAACUAUUAUGGCUAGGUAUCCAAAGACUGUGAUCUUUAUAUGUUUUGUUGUAGUGGUGGCAUUUUCAACCGGGUUGAUGCACAUCGAACUGACCACCGAUCCUGUUCAGCUUUGGUCAGCUCCUGAAAGUCGUGCCAGGCGCGAAAAGGACUUCCACGACCAGCAUUUUGCCCCCUUCUUUCGUACCAACCAGUUGAUCCUGACAGCUCCAGGCACAAAAGGCUAUGUUUAUGACUCCUUACUGUUCGGCAAAACAAACAUCAGUGGCCUUAUAUCUAAAGACCUCAUUUUGCAACUAUUGGAGCUUCAACAGAAAAUCCAGGCAAUUGAGUUCUGGUCUGACGAUCUUAACAAAACCGCCAGCCUUAAGGACGUGUGCUAUGCCCCACUCAAUCCAGAAAACCCCUCUCUUUCUGACUGUGCUGUCAACAGUCUUCCCCAGUACUUCCAAAACAGGGUGGAUAAUCUGAACGCAAAGGUUAACAUGACCGAACUAGGCGUGACCAAAGAAGUUGACUGGAGAGAUCAUUUCAUCUACUGUGUCAACUCUCCAUUAUCUUUUAAGGACAUCACUGCUCUUGGCAUGAGCUGCAUGGCUGACUAUGGAGGACCUGUGUUCCCCUUCCUGGCUGUGGGAGGAUACGAUAAUGAAGACUACACAAACGCUGAAGCAUUCAUCGUCACGUUUUCUUUGAACAACUACCCACGAGAACACCCAAAGUUCAAAGUGGUGCAAGAAUGGGAAUCAAACUUCUUAAAAAUAGUACAGGAGUACCAGAAAGAUCCCAGAACCAACUUUACUUUCGCCUACAUGGCUGAGAGGUCUUUAGAAGAUGAAAUCAACAGAACUACAAUAGAGGACGUCCCCAUCUUUAUGAUCAGCUACGCAGUAAUUUUCUUGUACAUUGCAGUGGCUUUGGGGGAAUAUUCAUCCUUCAAACGCAUUCUGGUGGACUCAAAGAUCCUUGUUGGCCUGGGAGGUAUUUUAGUAGUAGCCUGCUCAGUCCUUGCCUCCAUGGGUUUCUAUGCUUGGAUAGGAAUCCCAUCAUCACUAGUCAUUCUGCAGGUGGUCCCCUUUCUAGUCCUGGCUGUUGGAGCUGACAACAUCUUCAUCUUUGUACUGGAGUAUCAGAGAGAUGUACGAAAACCAGGAGAGGCGCGGGAGGAGCAGAUUGGGCGAGUUCUUGGAAAUGUGGCUCCCAGCAUGCUCCUUUGUAGCAUGUCUGAAUCUGUUUGCUUUUUCUUUGGUGCUUUGAGUACAAUGCCUGCCGUGAAGUCGUUUGCGCUCUACGCUGCUUUAUCCAUCCUCUUGGACUUCUUGCUGCAGAUGACGGCAUUUGUAGCCCUGCUGUCUAUCGACGCUCGGCGACAAGACGCAAACCGAUGUGAAAUAGCCUGCUGCGUCAGUGUAAAGAAGCCACGAAGCUCCAAACCCAACGAGGGUUUCCUCCUUCCGCUAAUGAGGAAAUAUUAUGCCCCAGCACUGCUCCAUCCUGUCUCUAGGAUACUAGUGAUCGUGUUAUUCCUCUUCAUGUUCUGUGCCUCAAUCUUCCUUGCGUUCCAUGUGAAGGUGGGGUUGGAUCAGGAGCUGGCCAUGCCAACAGACUCCUACAUGUUAAAAUACUUUGAGUACCUUUACAAAUACUUUGAAGUUGGGGUUCCAGUAUAUUUUGUUACGACAAGAGGAUUCAACUUCUCAGACGUGUCUGGCAUGAACGCAGUGUGCUCCAGCGUCGGCUGUGACCAGUUCUCCCUCACCCAGAAGAUCCAGUACGCCACAGCAUAUCCAGACAGGUCCUACUUGGCCAUCCCAGCAUCCUCCUGGGUAGACGAUUACAUCGACUGGCUGAAUCCUCAGUCCCGAUGCUGUCGGCUUUACACCAUUGGACCCAACAUAGGGAAAUUCUGUCCUGCCUCUGAGAAUGCUCUGAAGUGUAUGAAGAAGUGCAUGAAAACCCCAUCCGGCAGCCUCCUGCGUCCAACAGAAGCUGAGUUCCACAAGUAUCUCCCCAGCUUUCUUUCCAACCGGCCAGACUUACAGUGUCCCAAAGGUGGUUUGGGGGCUUAUGACACAUCUGUGGUCCGGGACAAUGAGACGGGAGAGAUAUUAGCGUCCCGGUUCAUGGCAUAUCACAUUCCUCUCACCAACUCGCAGGAGUUUACAGAAGCUUUGGUCAAAGCAAGAGAACUCGCCAACAACAUCACCCUGGAGAUGAGAGAAGUAAACGGCACGGAACCUGAUUUUGAAGUCUUCCCCUAUACUGUGACGUACGUGUACUACGAGCAGUACAUUACCAUUGUAAAUGAGGGCCUGGUGAACCUUGCACUCUGUCUGUUGCCUACUUUCGUGGUGUGCUGCAUUUUGCUCGGCAUGGACCUGAGCUCGGGUCUCCUCAACCUCCUGACCAUAGUGAUGAUCACAGUGGACACGGUCGGAGUCAUGACGCUGUGGGGCAUCGACUACAACGCCGUGUCGCUGAUCAACCUCGUCACGGCUGUGGGGAUUUCAGUGGAGUUUGUGUCUCAUCUAACGCGUUCCUUCGCCCUCAGCACUUUAGCCAGUAAGGUGGAGAGAGCCAAAGAGGCUACAGCUAAGAUGGGCAGUGCGGUUUUUGCUGGCGUCGCUAUGACCAACCUGCCCGGGAUCAUUGUUCUGGCGUUCGCUAAGGCUCAGCUCAUUCAGAUCUUCUUCUUCCGGCUGAAUCUGGUGAUCACGCUGCUGGGAAUGGCACACGGCCUCAUCUUCCUGCCUGUGCUGCUCAGCUACUUUGGUCCAUCUACAAACAAAGCCUUGCUACUGGAGCUCCAGAAAAAGAAAGACAUGGAGAUGGAGCAGCGCAACAAAGCGGUUUACGAAAACGGUGGCUUCGAGAGGAACGAUAACGCCACAACACCAGACCCAAGCACAGCGCAGGAAAACUCCCAUAUCUAAAGUAACACUUUUCUAUAGAGCUCGGACCACCUUCCUCUCCUGCUGCUCUUCCCUCUGCUUCAAGACCGCUGGCAGAGACAGAGAGAGGCAAAGGAUGUUCUUUAUUUUUUUUAUUAACAAUCAGACACUUUCAGUAUACACACUAGUGCAAUAUACGGGUCAGGAGAACAGUCUUUAUAAGGAUAAAGCUUUUUUCACCUCAGCAGCACAGUCAUGUGUGGUUCGCCUGCUCUAACACUGAAAGCAGAAACUGGUGACGGAAGAAUAAUAAUAGUUUAAACUUUCAUGCACAGAUGUUAAUGCAGCUAAUGCUGUAAAAAAAGGUUGACACUUGAGUCUUAUCUGAAAAUCUUGUCUUCGGCUAAUUACAUAUUUUAAACUAGCUGCCACUGGUAACCUCCUUAGCCGUAGCUAUAGACUUUAAAGGUUUAAAAAAAAUCAAUAUUGUUCUAAUUAUCACAUUUAGAUAAACCUUUUAUUAACAAUCUUCUCCUACUUGGUUUAUAAAGCUAAUCACAGGCUACUUGACGUAUAGUAUAGAUGCUAGUUAGGGAAAUGUUAGCAAAACAUACAUGCUGUUUACUUCAAAGCAGAUGCUGCUACUUCGUUAAACAGACAGUAAUUAGAUCGACUAGCAGUGCUACUGAAGCUGUAAGUUAAAAGAACUAGCUAAUAGUUUUACGUCGUUCCAGCUGAGAUGUUAAGAAUCAGUAAUGCUGCUUGUAAAGCAGAAAUGCUAGGUUUCACAGAUUCACUAACAUCUAUAGCGAUUCAGGCUAGCUAACAGCUUUAUUAGCUUUAUUUGUAAACGCAGAGUAUCAACUUUUUUUUAGGAGCAAUAUUUUUACAACAUGUGAAGAUCAAACUGGAUUUUACCUAUGGUUUUGUAGGGAGAAAUCUUAUCAGCUAGUUUAGCUAAAAAAAAUAGCUACUUUCUGUCUGACUAUAUAUGUGUAUACACUAUAUAUAGUAAUGUCAGUGCUAAAAAUACAGUGUGAUCUGAAUAGUAUUAUAUUCCUCACAUAACUUUGACUAAUUCUGCUUAUGAGAGAAAUUUGUUAGAGCAGGACAACCUGCCAAAGAACUGUCACUUCUAUCAGCCAUAACACAGGCUUCGUGACCGCUGUGAAGCCAUUUCUAGGCUGGUAUCAUUUUCUUGAAUGUUGAAUCUUGUCUUCUAGUGUAGGCCUGCACUUACACUUCACUACAGCCUGACAUGGAAAUCGGAUGGAAUGCAUGAGAGAAAUAAUUUCAGAAUUGAAAAUCAUUUUGCACACAUUUUGUUUUUGUUGUUGUAGUACUACUGUAUUUUAUUUAAUUUCAUGACAUUUGCAUAGAAUGCCU